AUGACUAUUGCUGCAUAUGCGUAUGAAACAAAUGAAGCAAGAAGAGCACAUGAACUAGUAAACGAAAACUCAACUUUAACCAUUGAAGGCAAUGAUUUAGUCAUUGACGAUGGAAAAACUAAAAAAGUCAUUGAUUUCGAUACUUUUAACACUUAUGACCCAUUCAUUACAAUAAGUAAAGUUCCUAUCAUAAAUGAUGGAACGGUGCAAUAUAUAAAUUCUACAGUAGAUGCCUCAUUAGUGAAAGUAUUAAAUGUUCUCAUUGAAUUGUUAAAGAGCUUUCGAUUUGACGACAACAUUAAAUGCCUAAAGAAUUUAGUCAUGAAUGAGAAACAAAUUCUCGGCGUUGCUGGUAGCAGUAAUGAUGUACACCUUAUGACAUUAGAAUAUUAUAACGAACAUAAAGAUGAACUGAAAGGAGAGAAGGGUGACACCGGACCUCAAGGACCACAAGGAAUACAAGGAAUACAAGGAAUACAAGGACCUCAAGGCGAAAACGGUUUGGAUGGUGAAGAUGGAAAGGAUGGAAAAACUGCUAAAUCAUGGAUAUGGAACCUUAUAAAUACUGGUUUAACAGCUGCUUCAUAUGGAGUUCUUCAAUACCAAAUCGGAAAGAUAUGGGCAGUACUUGGUGAAGAAGUUUUAGAUGACGUUAAAAAUGCUUUGAACUUCAUUUCAAAUGGUUCGGAUACUAUUAAAACUUUAUCUGGUUGGAUGCAAGAAACAAGGAGUCAAAUAGAUACUGUAAGACGUAUAGCAAACAAUGCACGUACGGGAUUGGAUACUUUACGAGAAGCACAAAAUACACUAAAGGAAGCAAAUGAUAUUCUUGGCUCAGUAUCAGACAUGCAUGAAGAUUGGCUUAAAG